AUGAUCAAACUCGAAGCCCGACUCCACUGGCUUGCCAGAGUUAAAAGUGGACACCUCGGAGCCUGCACCAUCACGGGAUUUGGAAAGGACACAGUGCGCAUCGCAUCGCAUCGCAACCCCAUCGCAGCGGAAAGCUCCGUUCGUCGUCCGAAUCACUCAACAAGGAGCUUCGAGAAGCACCGACGACAGCUCAAGGCGGAGACGCGAAUAGGAAUCGGAACAGGAACAGGAACAGAAGAAGGAGGUCAAUCACAGAAGCUCGAAAUGUCGCAUCGAGGUCCCUCAGGUUACGGCAUUGGCGGCCCCAGUCCGUAUGCUGGUGGCAGCGUCGGAGGAGUUGGUGUUUCGGACGAGUCCAACGGAGGCAGCGUUCUUGACCAGCUCCGGCCAUACACCAGCAAGGUCGAGGAUGCUCUGGAUUCCAUCAGCGAGCCCGUCAAGCCAUACCUUCCCGCCAUUGGACGAUUCUUGAUCGUCGUCACCUUCCUCGAGGAUGCGCUCCGUAUCAUCACUCAAUGGAGCGACCAGCUGCUCUAUCUCCACGACUACCGCCACAUUCCCACCGGACUCAACCACCUCUUCCUCCUCUUCAACGUCAUCGCCAUGGUUUCCUGCUCCACCCUCGUCAUUGCCAGGAAGUACUCUGACUACGCUGUUGCCGGUCUCAUGUCCGUCGUCGUCAUCCAGGCUUUCGGCUAUGGUCUGAUCUUCGACCUCAACUUCUUCCUGCGAAACCUGUCCGUCAUUGGUGGUCUGCUCAUGGUCUUGUCCGACUCAUGGGUUCGCAAGACCAAAGCUUUUGCCGGUCUCCCCACCCUGGAUGAGAAGGACAAGAAGAUGUACUUCCAGUUGGCUGGUCGUGUGCUCUUGAUCUUCCUCUUCAUUGGCUUCGUCUUCAGCGGCCAGUGGUCCUUCUGGCGCGUCAUCGUCUGCAUCCUUGGCGCUGGCGCCUGUGUCAUGGUUGUCGUGGGUUUCAAGGCCAAGUACAGCGCUACGCUGCUUGUCGUCAUCCUGAGCGGCUUCAACCUGUUGGUGAACAACUUCUGGACUCUUCACGAGCACCACCCCCACAAGGACUUUGCCAAGUACGAUUUCUUCCAGAUUCUGUCCAUUGUCGGUGGUCUGCUGCUCCUGGUCAACAGCGGCCCCGGCCAGUUCAGCAUCGACGAGAAGAAGAAGGUUUACUAA